UUCUCUUUAUUUUCAACUUUCCAUUUCGCAGUUUUUUUCUUGUUGAAUUAAACUCCUACAUUGUCCUUUUUGCCUCAGUGGAUCGACGUUAACUUUUUCUGCCCAUUCCCAAAAGCGAUUGGCUGUAGGCUGUUUGUCCAUUAUACUCAGGAGCACCUCUUGGUUCCAAAUCCACAGAGUUUCCUACCCAAGGAGUGUCGUUGCUCAUUCUGCGGCCCUUAAAGAGUGGGCAAUCAGCUUAAAUCCAAUCCGUUUUUCAUAUUAAACAUAGGCCUACAUAUUGCACCGUAGAUACUGUAAUUUCCUGUACAUUGGGUGGCAGUAAAAGGGGGGUCCUUUAUACUCAGGAGCACUUCUAGUUUCCAAAUCUACAGAGUUUACACCCAGAGGAGCAUAGCUGCUGAUUUUGCUGCCCUUAAAGAGUGGCCAAUACAAUAAGCUUAAAUACAAUCAUAUUUUCAUAUUAGACAUACAGUACAUAUUGCAGAUUAUAAAAUGUUCUGUACGUUGUGUCACAGUAAAAGUGGGAUCCAUUCUACUCAAGAGCACUUCUAGUUUUCAAAUCCACAGUUUACACCCCAAGGAGCAUUGCUGCUCAUUCUGUGACCCUUUAAGAGUGGCCAGUCAGUUGAAAUACAGUACGUUUUUCAUAUUGGACAUACAUAUUGCAACAUACACAAUUAUCUGUACAAAACAGAUUAGUUUGAACAAAAAGCUAGGUCAUAGGAAGAGUGGCCAGUCAGCUGAAAUACAGUACGUUUUUCAUUUUGGACAUUCAUAUUGCAACAUACACAAUUAUCUGUACAAAGCAGAUUAGUUUGAACAAAAAGCUAGGUCAUAGGAAGUGUUGCUGUACAUCUACUAUGGUCAAACAACUUAAGGUGUGGUGCCUGGACACUAUAUGGCACUGUACAGGAUUGUUUGUGUCCAUAAAACCAGGGUCUAGUCUGCACUUUUGUACUGUCGCUUUAACUCUCUGAUGACUUACUAAUUCAGGACUAUAUCUUUAUUACGAAACAAUAAAUUAACUAUUUUAGCUUAUGCUUUGUUCGCUUCCAGUGAGAACUCAAAUGCCAAUCUAUGCCAGACUUGCCCUAUAAUGGAGGUGACAAAUUCUGACUAUUAGCAGGUGAUUAGGUGCGAAGCUUAAGAGAAACAAAGGUAACAAUGUGAUCAGAUCGAGUGUUAACUGACUGGCAUACCUGUAAAUGACCUACAUUAUCCUAAUGAUGAGAAUGCUGCAGCCUUUAUUAAUUUAAAUGUGCCAGCCUUACGUGCCAAAACGUGCGUCAGGUCAAGUGUUUUGGCAAGACAAAUAAAAUAUUUUUUGAGGCAGUAUCGUAGUAAGAUCAUGUUGCUACAGGUUAGUAUCACCCCAUAAUCAAAUAUUUAUUUAAAUGACGUGGAAACAAUGUUGAAUCACAACCUGAUUCAACCAGUUUAUGCCCAGUGGGCUCACUCAGCCCAUGAGAUGAAUAGGAUCUUGCAUAUAAUUUGAAACUUCUGUUUUUAAUAUUGAUGAUCAAUUUCACGAAAGUAAUUGAUUAAUUAACUUAAUCGUGAUAUUUGUUAUGAAUAAAGUAUGUUUUUUAAAAACCAAAUUGCAUCUUCAAACAUAUUGUUUGUUUGUUUGUAGAAUGAGCAGCGACGCUCCUCGGAGUGUAAACGCUGUGGAUUUGGAACCUACAAAUGUUCCUGAGUAGAAUCGACUCCCCUUUUACUGCGACACAACGUACGGUGCAAUAAAUGACAGGAGUACACACAUAAAAAACAAACAUUGUUGAACAUUUAGGCUUGAAAAAAUAAGAAAUAAACAAACCAUAGAAAUAGCUACUUUCAAGUAUUCUUUGUAUUAUAACUAGUAUACCGUAUAUAGAUAAUUGUCCACAUUUUCCAUCAUUUCCGCCUUAUUAUUCAUUUACUAAGCAUACAGGAAGGGAAUCUUGUUUCCAAAAAUCCGUGACCCGGAAGUACUUCGUUGUUCUUGCCUGUUUCACAGCGGUUGAUUUGUUUUUGUUCAUGUUGCAGCUUGGCAGGAACAGAGCGCUAGAUCGUAGAACCAAGGUCCACCCUAUAGCUCAGUGGGUCAACCACAGCAAUUUGUCUUAGGAGAAAUCCCUCUGACUCGCUGCCAAAUAUACUGCUAGAAAACUCCUCCUCUGUAUGUUUUAUCGCAACCCUUUUGACCAGCCCCCGCGAUUCGCUCCUACUGAGUCCAAAAGCGAACGUUAGCUACCAAGCUAACCAAACUGCCAGUUUCACCCAUGUCCUAUGAGGAAGGGUUCAGUUCAACGAUCACGGAUUGGCUUUUCUUCAAUUCCUGGUGGCUCCUUUUGCCUUUGAUCAUGCUUCUAGUCGUUGUUGCAUUCAUCGUUGCCUUCGUGUUGCUGUUGUAUAUGAUAUCCCCUUUGAUUAGCCCAAAACCUCUCAAAUUAAAUGGGGCCCACGUCGUGGUCACUGGAGGCUCCAGUGGAAUAGGGAAAAGCAUUGCUAUGGAGUGCUACAGACAAGGAGCCUUCAUCACACUAGUGGCAAGAGACGAAAGUAAAUUGGUUCAAGCGAAAAAAGAAGUAGAGAAAUGUGCGAUUAAUGACAAGCAGGUUGUGCUCUGCAUAUCAGUUGACGUGUCCAAGGACUACAGACAGGUGGAAAGUGUGAUUAAGCAGUGUCAAGAGAAGCUUGGGCCGGUGGACAUGCUGGUGAACUGUGCUGGGACGUCCUUCUCUGGGAAGUUUGAGGAGGUGGAGGUGGAGCGCUUCAGAAGUCUGAUGGAGGUGAACUACCUGGGCAGUGUGUAUCCCACACGGGCCGUAAUCACCACUAUGAAGGAGCGGAGGAUGGGACGCAUCAUGUUUGUCUCCUCCCAGGCUGGCCAGAUUGGCCUGUUCGGCUACACUGCCUACUCCCCGUCCAAGUUCGCCCUUCGCGGCCUGGCUGAGUCUCUGCAGAUGGAAAUGAAGCCAUAUAAUAUCUAUGUGACAAUUGCCUACCCCCCUGACACUGACACUCCAGGACUAGCAGAGGAGAAUAGGACAAAGCCUUUAGAGACUAGGCUGAUCUCCGAGACAUCUGGGGUGACUCAGCCGGAGCAGGUUGCUAAAAUCGUGGUCAAGGAUGCUGUGCAGGGGAACUUCAACAGCUCUGUGGGGCCUGACGGCUACAUGCUCUCAGCUCUCACCUGUGGAAUGUCACCUGUCACCUCCAUAACAGAGGGCCUCCAGCAGAUUGUGACCAUGGGGCUGUUCCGGACCAUUGCUCUGUUCUACCUGGGGAGUUUCGACAGCAUUGUGCGUCGCUGUAUGAUCGAGAGGGAGCAGUCCAAAGCAGUGGACAAGAGGGAGUAACACACCCACCCAACCUCCUCAUACACCCCCCACCCCCCACCUCUCCAUCCUCCCCGAGUCAUAGCCACUGAAAAACCCCACCGAGCCACCGCUCCUCUGGCCCCCCCCUUCUUCCCCUAGAGGGCACAACCCUGGGUAUGCCAAAUGGCCAGACAUCUCAUGCACCAGUGAUAAUAUUUAACUAAAGAAGAUGGCGGAUGUCAUUUCCACUUGACCUGUGAUGUAACACAUAACAUUCUUGGCAGCCAUUUUGUUUGUCUAUUUUUUCAUCAUUCCAGUGAUAUUGUUUACUCGUGCGCUGUGAAAUGUUUUAAUUGUAACUGUCCACUUGAUUCUAUUGUUUAGUCUGCUUUACUCAAGGGUCUAUGAGGGCAGUCUAAACACCACUACUAGCCUGCUGUAGGCCUAGUCAACACCUGACACUUUAGCCUACAUUUGGGGCUCCCUGCCCUACUUGUUUUUUCUUCCAUGCAGAGAGGAAAGUAAGGGAUAGCCAGUCUGACAGGUUAUGUCAGCAUGUUGACCUGCAAUUCCUUUACCAAGAGUCUGAGAAAAUACCAACGCAAACAGACCGUUCUGAGUAAGCUAGCUUUAUAACCUUAAACUUUAUCUUCACCAAAUGUGUUCUGUUCCGCCUUCCAAAGCUUUUUUCUUUUGCAGGCAAAGCUUUAUUCACUCUGUUUUACCCUGUGCCCCUCCGUGUGCUGUCUAUGUAGCGUGGUGUUUUGGCCCGUGCUGUGAAUGCAUUAACUAAACUUAGAGGUUAUUUUGCAUUACUUAACAGUAAUGAGAGAGGGCAUAGCAAGAGGGCAAUGCAAAAAUUUAAUUUGCUUCCUGGAAAUGAUCAUCCAAGGCAUUUUCAGGUAGAGAGAUUGUAUGUGCAAGUACAAAUGAAUUUGUGUGUGCUGUGCAUGUAGCCGAUUGGAGAGAUUUUAAUGCAGUGUUGUGUUACAAUAUGUUUGAAUGACUGUACACUGACCAAGCCUACUCCAGGGAGAGCGAAAAGCCAUUGGACACUGGUGGUGGCUGGGAAAAAAGAAGAACCUCCUCUGUAAUGUAUUCCUCUUAUUUGCCUGUCACUUUCAUGUCAUCUUAUUUGUGUUUCUUACCUGAGGUAGAAGCAGCAUGUAAAAGGUCAGCAUGGGACAGUCAUACGAUGUAGUACAAGAACAAAUCCACUAACAGCUGAUGCCAGACUGAUCCACUCUUUCCGGUUUUCCUAAGAGGUUGUGGGUCUUUGUGUAUGUGUGAUCUGUGCACAUGUUUUGCCACCUUAGGAUUGAUGGGGUGGUGUCAGGACAAGGCAUGGGGUGUGACUCGCAGGUUCGAGCAAAGUCCCCUUAGGCCUAGAGAGGGCGCCAGAGCUGUAUUUUAAAUAGAGGCCAAGAGAUGAAGAGGGACUGGCAAGCUCAUAUGGGAGCGCUGUGCUAUUGUAUUAUCUAAUUUGACAUUUCAUUCACAGUUACUGUGGACGUUUUCCUAUAUGUUCCUAUCUGGUUGUUAUUUGUCUCGGUAAGUAUUCACAGAUUCCUCCUGAAGUCCUCUAAAGUGGGAGAGAAAAAUGAAAACGCGAGCUCAUGCAAGUCUUCCAUCCAUCAACUAUGGGGAGAAUGUACUUAACUUUAAUACAAACCAUAGGCUACGAAACAGAAAGUAUACAUUAUUUUUAGAAAAUCCACCAAUAUUUGAAUGCCAAAAUGUAUUAAGAGACAAUUUCUGUAAAUGCAAUUCAGCUAUUUGAAAUUUAUUUUGUUUGAUGUUGCUUCUCUGUUCUAUCCUAGAAAUCGUUUGUAAUGCAGUCAAGCACUACAAUUGUGGGGACCCAUUCCAAGCCUUAAGAGAUAACUACAGAUGAUGUUAAUGCUAAAAUAAUCAAAUUCAUCCACAGAAAAAAACUUGGCUUAAGCCGCUUGUGGUUUACCAGUUCAUAUGAUAUGAUUUUUCUAUGUAAAUGCUAACUGUUUUACUGUGGUUUUUUGUUGUUAUCAAUUCCAGUUGAGUUUUUGUACAAAAAGGCCUUACUCAAACCCAAAAUAUCGAAGUGAGAAUGCAUGAUUCAACUCUGAGGUUCUCAUUUGACAUUGGUUCAAGGCACACUGUCACUGUCCAGCAAUCAGUAGCUUAAGUUCGGGUGUCUACUUGUCAUUUUGUCAUCUGUGUACAUUUUUAGCUUUCAGACUCACUCUUAUCUUGAGGUAGCAACACAUUCAUGUUGUAGUUGAUAGACAUUUGGUAUAAUAAGCUAUGUAAAUUAAGCCUAUGCUCACAAUAUGUUAAAACACUACAACCAAGUUUUUAAAUGCUCUUGUUUUCCCAUUCGUUGAUGUCGUCCAGAGAUAUUUAAAAUAUUAUAUAGAGUUUAUAAGUACAGUACUACUGAAUAUUAUCAUGAUGCAUUCCGCUUCUGUUCCCAUCUUAUUGGUUGUGUUAUGUUUUGUUUUUGCCAAACAUGUAAGAAUUUAACCUUGUGUGCCAUUGAAAAGAAAAAUGUAAGGAGUGGAACAAUGUUGCUUCGUCUUAUUUUCUUACAUGAUAAAACAAAAUAAAUAACUUUGGAAAAUGG